AAUUAAUAGUUUAGGAUUUUUAUUUAAUUUGUUUAGAGCCUCUCAAGUUCUCAUUUUUCAUCUCCCUCCCUUUGUUGUACUCUAGACUCUUCUCACCAUUUCUAUUCACUCAAAAAAAAAAAAAAAUUCAUAACACACACACACACACACUAUACACAUUAUUAUAGUAUAUGCUUGAAUACAACCCCUUCACUUUGUUAUUAUUAUUUCAUAAUUCACAUAAUGAAUUAUCCAAAUACUUCCACUAGCCAUGUAACAGAGGAAAACCAAGAAGAUGAACAAAUAACUGAAAUCAGAGAAAUCCAUGCCUUAACACCACAACCCACCAACCAUGGCCACAACCACCGUUCAUCUUCUGUGUCCAUAACCAGCACCACAGAAAGUGAUCAGAACUUCACAACCAUGAGCAGAGAAUUCACUGCUCUUGUUCUAGCAGGACAAACCAUUGAUCACAACAACAUAAGCACUCCACAUGAACAUGAAGCUGUUAACAACAACAACAACAACAACAACUUGGGGAGAAUUGGAGAAGAUGAUAUGAUGGUAGAAACAAACCCUUUAGCGAUUGUUGCUGAUAACAACCCUUUAGAGUUAAACCCUGUUGCAUCUCCUACUAGAAGAAGAACUAUGAAUGAUGGUGUUGGUGCACGUGUGAGUGAAGAACAACACGUGUCGGUUCAGAGGGUGAAGAAGGAAGAAGUUGAUACAAAGAUAUCAGCUUGGCAGAAUGCUAAGGUUGCUAAGAUUAAUAACAGGUUUAAGAGGGAAGAUGCUGUGAUCAAUGGUUGGGAGAAUGAACAGGUUCAGAAAGCUACUUCUUGGAUGAAAAAAGUUGAGAGGAAGCUGGAAGAGAAAAGAGCAAAAGCGUUGGAGAAAAUGCAAAACAAAGUAGCAAAAGCACAUAGAAAAGCAGAGGAGAGAAGAGCAUCAGCAGAGGCAAAAAGGGGAACUAAAGUAGCCAGAGUUCUUGAGAUUGCUGGCCUUAUGAGAGCAGUUGGAAGACCUCCUUCCAAAAAAUCUUUCUUCUAAGUUUUUUUAUUUAUUUUUUAUAUUUUAAUUUUGAAAAACACAAUUUUAGAUACAAGAAGGGAAAACAUAAGAAAAAAGGGAAGAUAAUAUUAUGAGCAUAAUAGAUGUCAUAGUCAAUAAGAGAUCCUUUUUAGAAAAAGUAGUUAAAGGGUGCAAAAGGGUUUGCAGUGAGAAUUAUAUAAAAAUAGGAAGAUAAGGAGAUAUGUAUCAUAUAUAUAGUUACUGAAAAAUAAACCAAUUGAAGUCUUUAUAUGUGAUUGAUUAGUGUUUGAAUGCGGUGAGUAAAGGAAUGAUAACGUGUAUUAAGUUUUAUAUUGA